GAACGUCUGUGCGAGUGUGUUUUGCGAAUAUAGAGCUUGUUUUGGAUCAAUUAUUUGAUAUUUGCCUUGGGCUCAGCCGUGGCGCUCCACUAAUCUUUCAGGAAGAAGUGCCACAAUCACCGCAUUUGCUGCUAAUUGCAAAAUGCAGAUUACCUUUUGACAGGUUGAAGUACCUAUUCAAAAUGACCUAAGUCUCGGUCUGACAAGUGAAGUGAUAACUGAAGUAUUUAUCUCAUUUCAAUUUGAAUUUGGACAAUCCAUAGAAAGGUUGAGCCAUGUUUUAUGCCCAGUAUGUUCUCAACAAGAAGGGCCCGCUGGCCAGGAUUUGGCUGGCGGCCCAUUGGGACAAGAAACUCACCAAAGCCAAUGUGUUUGAAACAAACAUUGAGAAAUCUGUGGAUGGUAUUCUACAGCCAAAGGUGAAGCUCGCCCUGCGGACCACUGGACAUCUCAUGUUGGGCGUGGUGCGCAUCUACUCCAAGAAGGAGAAGUACCUGCUGGCCGACUGCAAUGAAGCAUUCGUCAAGAUCAAAAUGGCCUUCCGGCCGGGCAUGGUGGACCUGCCGGAGGAGAAACGAGAGGCGGCCGUCAACGCCAUCACCCUCCCGGAGGUCUUCCACGACUUCGACACGGCCAUGCCAGAGCUCAAUGACGUGGACAUCCAGGCGCAGUUCUCGUUCAACCAGUCCAGGGCGGAGGAGAUCACGAUGCGAGAGGACUACGGUAACAUCUCGCUCGUGACCGGCGACGACGGCUUCGGCGACAUGGGCUUCGACGCCGAGCCGCCCGUCGAGCUGAUGCGAGACGCCAACUCGCUCGAGCCCACUCUGGAGAACACGAACCUGCUGUUUGACGGCAGCAACGCGCCCAAGCCGGAGGCGGCGCCGGCGCCCGGCGAGACCAGCCAGCAGUCCACCUCCAAACAGACCCCGGCGGCCCUCGAGCUGGACGCACCCAUCCGGGAUGACGGCUUCGGGGGCAACCUCGGCCAGGACAUCAUGGCGGGCGGCCUCUUCGACGGUGGCCUGUUCGACGACCCUCCGAUGGCCAGCGCUCCGCCGGCGCCGCCGCCGCCGGCCGACUCCCCGGCACCUCCGGCGCUCGACGACCACCACUCUGACGACGACUUCGACCACCACAUGGACGCCAGUCCGAUGGGCGGUGGUCACAGUUCAGACGACUCGCGGCCGGCCUCCCCGGCGGCCGCCGCCGCGCCGCCCGCAGAGACCGCCGUCACCGCGGCGCCACUGACCGAGCCGGCGGCCGGGCCGGACGCUCCCGUCGAGCCGCCGCCGCCGCCGCCGGCGCCGGCCGAGCCGGAGAUGGAGCCGCCGGCGCACGACCAGACCACGCUGCUGCAGAACGAGGAGGAGACGUUCGCGCUGCCGCCCGUGGACGCCAGCGCCAUCAGAGCCGGUGUGACCCGCAGUAAGCGGAAGCGGAAGCUGAUCGUGGACGAGGUGAAGAACAUCUCUGGCGAGGAGAUGAAGACGCAGCUGUCUGACACGGCCGACAUCGUCACCUCGCUGGACCUGGCGCCGCCCACCAAGCGGCUCAUGCACUGGAAGGAGACGGGCGGCGUGGAGAAGCUGUUCGCGCUGCCGGGCCGCACCAUCCCGGCCUCGGGACUCAGCCGGAUGUACAUGAGACACCUGACGUCGCGCCCCGUGGCGGACGAGGACGGUGACGAGGCGGCCGGCGCGCCCGACGAGGAGGAACCGCAGCCCGAGCGGCAGGCGCCGGCGCGCGGCGCCGCCACCCGCGGACGCCAGGGCAAGAGGAAGCGCGAGCCGGAGCCGGAGGAAGAGAUGGCAGCGAUGGAGCACGAGCAGCUCCAGCACCAGCAGCAGCUCCAGCAGCAGCAGCAGGCGGCCGCUGAGGCGGCGGCGGCGGAGGCGCAGGCUGCGGCGGCAGCAGCUCAGGCGGCCGCGGAGGCAGCGGCGGCGGCAGCGGAGCCGCCCCCGCCGCCGCCGGCGCCGGAGGAGGCGGCGCCCGAGCCACCGGCCGUGGCACUGACUGCGGCGGCCACCCCGGCACCCGUGCCGGCCGAGCAGCCCGAGAGCGUGAUGACGGCGCAGGCGGCCGUCGAGCCGCCCAUCACCGAACAGCCGCCGCCCAUCCCGCGCAUGGAGAACAUGGGCUACGACCAACAGGAGCCGUCCGGCCACCUGGCCAACAUGGGCUACGACGAGAACAUCGCUCCGCCGGUGACGCCGGGCGCCGUGUCCGACCGCGGCCCGCUCAGCGUCUACAGCAACGGGCCGGCCACUCCCUGGGAGGAGGAGCUGCAGGAGCAGGCCUCCGUACAGCCGGAUGACGGCCAGCAGGAGGGCGAGACGUACGAACAGUACGAGGACCGCGUCAACAACAAGCGAGCCGCCGUCAUGCACCGCAUCAUGAAGUCCAAGUUUGAGACCAGCGACAGGCUGGUCUUCAGUGACCUCUGCCGCCGCAACAACAGAAAACAGGUGGCGCAGAAGUUCUACACGACGCUGGUGCUGAAGAAGCUACGGGUGCUGGAACUGGAGCAGGAGUCGUCCUACGCCGACCUGAUCCUCACCCAGGGGCCCAAGUUCAGCUCUGUGCAGCUGUAAGCCACGCUCAGCCGGAGCCCGCUCGGCGGCAGCGCCCAGUACAAACUCCCGUCACGGAGCGACCGGGCCGGACCGGCCGCGCUACACGUGAUGGGUGGACACUGGACAGUGAGGUCAAUGUCGGCUUUGGAGAGGCCGAGGAGACAGACAGUCGUGGCUCUGGCGGGGUGACUUGAACAGUGACUUGAACAGUCACCGGCGAACUGAGUGCGGAAUACGAACACACGGCGGCGCGUUACGCCAGCGAUGCACGUGAACUGAGUCACGUGCGUUUCCGCGACAUGCAGCGAAGAGAUUUGGACAAUACGUGGGUGACGUGUGCGAGGCACAGUGCCGUGGAGGUUAUAACAUUACCGUGGGGUGAAGUGACGUUUAACUUGUCGGGGGGGGGGGGGGGGACAGGCCACACUGAGCAGAAGUUGCAUGUUUCUCAUCAUCUCGAUGCCGUUUCUCACGUGGGCGACUGGCCGCGCACCGGGGAUGGUGCCGGUGCCCGUUUUCACCGUCGAUUCCCUGUUACAUCGGAUGUAAAUCAUUGUGUAGUUUAGAUAGUCGUGACCGGUUAACGGAGCGGUUCUUAGCACGUCACCACGCGCUCGGCGCAUAUGUGUGGCCGGGCCGCGUCGCUAGCCGUUUUUCUUCGAUCGCUGCCGCUGUGUGUUGUCGCGAGGCCGUUCUCGGGGUGGCCCCGCGUCUGGGAGCUCAGAUGACCCAGUUUCAUCCGUUCGAGCUCAGAUGCGUGGUUGUUCGAGCAUCAGCGAUCGACCGACUCCGCGAGCGUUUGAUCCGACCUGACCUGACCUGACGAUGCGAUGGUGUCCGGCUGCCUGCUGUUGUAGUGUGUCGCUAGUUCUGUGCCGAGCGAGCAGCGGCCCGCCGGGCGCCGCGGGGACUUUGGGAGGUGGGAGGGAGUCGCGCUGCUUCCGGUAGUCAGAUCUCGGUGCGUGAAGAAGGCAUGCACUUGUCAGCGCGGCGCACCGCCUUUCCGAGUAUGUGUCUGCGUUUUAUGCAAGGAUAGCAUACGAAAUACAUAGAAACAUGA